CUGAUAGCAAAUGUAUUCUGAGCGUUGAAAUGUGUUUUACAUAGCUAGCCUAUCCACACAGCAAGCUAACUGGGCUUGGAGGUAUAUCAGUCACUCGUACACUUAGCUAACUCUGUAGUUAAAGCCAAAGCGGUGUAUGGCUGGCUGGCUAGCUAGCUAGCUACUGUUAGCUAACUAACCCCUGCCUGGCCUGCUGGAGACAGUUGGCUGUUGCCAGAGUAGCGGAUAUACGAGAACGGAGUUCAGCGUUCCUCGGCUAUUGCCAGAGAUGUCACCACCCUUCUCGCUCUCUGUCUGUCUUGUUGUUUAGUAUAAUGAGUGACCUGUGCAUAUUAGCACCCCACACUAGUUCUCUGUAUUGCGUUUUAAUGGUUGCAAGAGGUGAGUGGGGAAAUGCAAUCGCAUGGGGACAUGCCAUGGGACAGUUUGUCUUGCCAGGGACACUGACCUCUAUGUAGUCUGAUUUUUAACUAGGCUGUAUUACACAAUUACUUGUCUGACAGUGUACUGUAGGCUAGACUUAACGUUAGUCCUUUAGAAGUUUAGCUGAAAACUGCUUUGAGUGACUACAAUUUAACCAGACUGGAAGAAAUGGAUAAGAUUGUCUUGAAGCAGUGGAAAUUUACAGAGUGAAGGGGAGAUGUCUAGUAGUACCCAGCUGAGCAUCCGGCAUUGGACCACCAAGCAUGUAGCCAAGUGGCUGAAGGACGAGGGCUUCUGCCAUUAUGUAGACCUACUGUGCAACAAGCACCGUCUGGAUGGCAUGUCCUUACUCACCCUAAGUGAAUAUGACCUCCGCUCUCCCCCGCUGGAACUCAAGGUGCUGGGGGACAUCAAGAGGCUGAUGGUGUCCCUCCGCAAGCUGCAGAAACAAAACCUAGACAUCCUGGAGGAGCUGGGGGUCCCGUUCGACGGACACUCGCCUCAGGGUGGGGACUGGCACUGCAACGGAGACUCCAGUAGAGAGUGCGAUAACUCUAACGCUGACACAGCACCGGUUGGAGAGCAGUAUCUUCAGUAUAGGAAUGGGAAGUACAAGCAUGGAGGGAGCGGGAGGCUGGACCCUGAGUACUGGAAGACGGUGCUUAGUGCCGUCUAUGUGGUGUUUGUGUUUGGAUUUACCUCUUUCGUCAUGGUGAUCGUGCACGAGAGGGUGCCGGACAUGCGCACCUACCCGCCCUUGCCAGACAUUUUCUUAGACAGUGUACCUAGAAUACCAUGGGCCUUUGCCAUGGCAGAGGCAUGUGGAGUCAUCCUGUGUAAUAUCUGGCUGCUAGUUCUGCUUCUGCACAAGCACAGGUCCAUUCUACUGCGGCGGCUGUGCAGCCUCAUGGGAACAGUGUUCAUGCUGCGUUGCAUCACCAUGUUUGUGACCUCCCUGUCAGUGCCAGGACAGCACCUGCAGUGCUCAGGAAAGGUGUAUGGUGACAUGUGGGCCAAACUGCAUCGAGCUCUGGCCAUAUGGAGUGGAUUUGGAAUGUCCCUCACAGGGGUCCAUACGUGUGGGGACUACAUGUUCAGCGGUCACACGGUGGUCAUCACCAUGCUCAACUUCUUUGUGACAGAAUAUACCCCGCGAGGCUGGAACUUCAUCCACACCUUGUCCUGGGUCCUGAACUUGUUUGGCAUCUUCUUUAUCCUGGCGGCCCAUGAACACUAUUCCAUCGACGUCUUCAUCGCCUUCUACAUCACAACCAGGCUGUUCCUGUACUACCACACGCUGGCUAACACCAGGGCCUACCAGCAGAGUCGCAGGGCCCGCAUCUGGUUCCCCAUGUUCUCCUUCUUCGAAUGCAACGUCAAUGGCCCCGUGCCCAACGAGUACGGCUGGCCCUUCUCUAAACCCGCCAUGAUCAGGAGCAUGAUUGGGUACUAGGUGGUCUGCGACGCAUCCACGACGACGUUGAUCUCUUCUAACACUGUUUACUCUGAGCCCCGUCGUGUCAUUCUGCUGCUGCCUUCAAGGAGUUGCCAACUGUGGUUGUGUGAUUAUUGACUUUAUAUUCCAAUAGCUGCAGAGACUGCAAACUGAGAUGUCUUGUAGGAUCCUAUUGGUGCGACAGGGUACGGGAGACUUGACUACUCAUAUUCUGUGACUUAGUGGUUGGCGUUUGUCCCACGGCAGCCUGUUGAAAGGGAUUAAACUAAGGAUGUGUCCAAAAUGACACCCUACUCAUUUUAUAGUGCACUACUAUAGACCAGAGCCCUAUGGCCUCUCGUCAAAAUAAUGCACUACAUAGGGAAUAGGGUGCUGUGUUGGGAUACAUGCUAAAGACUAAUCCUCUCCACUUCCUCUCUUCAUUUGAAAAGGGAUUGAGAUUUUUGAAGAUAUUUCCCACACCUUUUGCCAUGAUCAAUAACCAGGUUACAGAUAUGAUGUAAGUGCUUUAGUCAACUCAUCUCUUGUUAUGCCUUACUGUUUAUGGCAUGACAGCGAACUCGACAGAGGAGUUGGCUAAAGCACAAACUGACCUGCUACUGCCAGGCUAGCAUUUCCGCUCUUAACUUGCAGUCUGAGUGAACGUCGAAGGUAAUGGCAAGCUAGAGGUUUUGGGGAAAAACAUGAAAGCAGAAUUCUCAGGCAGCCUAUUGUAACCAAAAAUGUUUAUUUUUUAAGUCCAAUAGAAUUUGUUAAUCUAAAGUUCAACAGUAUUAUAGUAAAACAAACUCUUGUUCAUUUAGAUAUCCUGAGAAAUUAGGGUAUAAUAUUAUUGUGGUGUUUUUAUCUGGCUCUAAUACAGGUACGGCCCGUUUUUUUUUUUUUUAAAGCAAUUUUCAAAAUGUCACAGAUGAUACUGUACCUGAAUUUCUGUAUAACAAUAUCUAAGUUCCAGAUGUUGUGACUGGUCUUGUUACUUUCUUUAUUACUUUAGGUAGUGUGAAAAGCUUCUGCAUUCCUUAAGACACUACUGUGGAUUUUGGCUGUAUUACUAGAAUGCUGAAUUAGUCACAUUGACAUGAACUACAUUACAUGACCAAAAGUAUGUGGACAUCUGCUUGUCGAACAUCUCAUUCCAAAAUCAUGGGUGUUAAUAUGGAGUUGGUCCCCGCCCCUUUGCUGCUAUAACAGCCUCUAUUCUUCUGGGAAGGCUUUCCACUAGAUGUUGGAACAUUGCUGCUGGGACUUGCUUCCAUUCAACCACAAGCAUUAGAGGUCGGGCGUUGAUGUUAAGCAAUUAAGCCGGGCUCGCCGUUGGUGUUUCAAUUCAUCCCAAAGAUCUUCGAUGGGGUUGCGGUCAGGCCUCUGUGUAGGCCAGUCAAGCUCUUCCACACCGAUCUCGACAAACCAUUUCUGUAUGGACGUCGCUUUGUGUACAGGGGGCAGUGUCAUGUUGAAAAAGGAAAGGGCCUUCCACAAACUGUUGCCAGAAAGUUGGAGGAACAGAAUUGUGUAGAAUGUCAUUGUAUGCUGUAGCGUUAAGCUUUCCCUUCACUGGAACUAAGGGACCUAACCCGAACCAUGGAAAAACAGCCCCAGACCUCAGUAGUGAGUGUUGCAACCGAGGACAGACAUUUUUUUUUAAAUGUAUGCGCUUUAGCACUCGGCGGUCCCGUUCUGUGCGCUUGUGUAGCCUACCACUUUGCUGCUGAGCUGUUAUUGCUCCUAGAUGUUGCCACUUCAUAAUAACCACACUUGCAGUUGACCAGGGCAGCUCUAGCAGGACAGAAAUGUGACGAACUGGCUUGUUGGGAAUGUGUCAUCUGAGCUCAUCAAUAAGGCCAUUCCACUGCCAAUGUUUGUCUGUGAAGUUUGCGUGGCUGUGUUCGUUUUUAUUUUAUAAAAAAAAAAAAAUGUAAUUGUUGAUUUUAUACAUCUGUCAGUAACGAGUGUGGCUGAAAUGGCCGACUCCACUAAUUUGAAGAGGUGUCCACAUACAUUAUACACACGCGUAUGUGGUUUCCUUUAUAAUAUUUGUAUUGUUCAGGUAUCCUACCUUUUCUGAACUAUACCUUGCCGUAAACGGAGAUUGCAAAAAGCAGCCAAAACUAUGGAAUGGAAAAUGGUGAACAAUCGUUUUUAAAUAUCAUUCCAUUUGCCAAUAACUUUAGGUGUUAUAGUAACAUUGUCUUUUUAUAAGAAAUGCAUAUCUCAGAUGUUGUGUACUCGCUUGUAAUUUAGUAAAUGCCCAGGCUUCGAUAACAUACAAGGAUAUAAAUCCUUAUAAAAUAAUAGUUUUACUACUUCCAUAGAUCCCUUGGACUGUCUUAAUUUAUUUAAUUUUGUGUAUGUCAAUAGAAUUUGUUUUAUUUUAUUAAAUAUUUGAUAUACAGAAAGGAUAUUGCAAUAUACACUUGAACAGGAAUAUGUUUACAGUUGUGAGGAAAUAUAUUUGUUUAAAACACAAUGUGCUUUUAUGUAUAGGAUUGAUUUUCAGAAUCACCCUCUCACCCAAAUCAUUAAAACAAAUUCUCUUCUCCCCCCCAUACAGUCCCUCAAAUCAGAUCUGAGAUGGCCAUUAAUGGUUACAACCCACUUUUGUAAGACAAGUAUUACUUUACUGGGCAAAGACGUCAGUUCAACCUCUAGUUUUUAUCCUACAUUUGAUUGAAUUCACGCAAGUUGACAACUCUCAAUGUAAGAAAAUCUAUAUUUGAACCAUGUCAUUGGAUAUAAGUUAGGUGAAAAAAGGACACAUUUUCCAAAUUCCUUUUAUGUUGAUGACUUGAGAAUCGGCUCAGUUUUCCACCUUGAUUCAUCAUCACAUUUGUUUCUACGUCAUAGAUUUUUUUUAUGUUGAUUCUACCGGUUUGUGUCCAGUGGGUUAAGUCUCAUCUCCAUCCCAUGUUUUAUUUGGAAUUUCAGCUGUGGAAUAGUUACUAGAUCCCUUACAUGCUAUGAGUCUUUAUUACACCCCCCCCCCCCCCCAUAAAGUAAUGCAUUGAACUUCUGGUUUGACUAAUGCUAACUGCAAAUCUAUCAUUUGCUGCUAAGAUUUUUUUUAUUUUUUAGAUAUGUACAGGAGAAUUAUGACUUUUCUCUCAUGUAUUUGUUAUUGUCAUUUUUAACCCCCUCUAAUAAAUUGUUACUAAUCCUUAA